CAGUUGGAGGAAGUGGGGCUUUUACAAUUAGGUAGGGCUUGUUUCUGAGAAUACACAACACAGUCAGCGAAAUGGAGUAAAGUCAACUGUUCUUAUUCGGACUCAAAAGGGAUAACAAGAGGACAUCGGUGCCUCUUGGAGGACCGUAAACAAACAGGAUAUCAAACGUUCUCCCGCAUCGUCAGUCUGUCGAAUGCACAGAUCUCAGCUGCGGCUUGUGCUGAUUGAGGAGCAGAAACGUUUGAUGGUUACAACUUUACGGAGGAAGUCACUGACGGGCAGCAAAUAUUACCAAGUUAUAUGUACUUAGGUUCUUCGUUUAUAUUUCAUUGCCUGUUCGUCAGCUAGUUGGCAAGCUGUUGAUCGAAAAAAAAUAUUAAACUUCUAGUUGAAGACUCGGUCGCGAGGGACCGUGGACGGUUACCAAGCUAAGGUUAACUUAACUAGCCAAUUUCCUCCAACGCCCCCUCCCCCAUUAUAGCUAGCUAGCUAGCCACUGUCUCCAUACCAAAGCCCACACACUGGGGUGAAAUAAAUGACUAUGGCUAAUUUUGUGCGGUUUCGUUGGUCUCUUGUGAAAUAACAUGGAUUUGGCUGAAGAUCAGGAUUCGUUACCUUACUGAGAUGGCGAGCUAGCUAGCGAACUGGAUGAGUGGGUUUCGUGUCGUUGCGAUAAAGCGGUUGUGUUAGCUAGCGCUAGUUUGGUACAUAUGCUUCGUAUAUUAACUAACUCAAAUUCAGCUAUCUACUGGCCAACUCGCUAUCAAGUAGCACCGGUUUCCACAGCAGCUAGUAAUAACACUUUCUCCCUUGUCGACCACGUAAAUUGAGAAUCUAGCUGGCUGAUUUCGUGGCUGAAUUUACAGUUUAAAUGUGGCAUCUAACGUAAAGUUAGUGCCAACAACUGAAUGCUUGUUCUCUUGAUAGAUAAGUUCGAUAGUUGUCGCCAACGUUAGUUAAAGUAUAUUUUACUCGGGUAUCUAGCAAAUUGUUUCAGCAUAGGUUUUGCGUGCUGGAUAUUCAGCUAGCAACCUGCAUCUGUGGUUUGAUUGAUGUCCUCUUUCUGAUAUCGCUGUGUAGGAUCCUAUGCCAAUAAGACAAUUGUUUUGAUUUUUCAUGUUGGUGAAUACGUUUGAACCUGAACCUAACUACUGUAUUCGCUAGUAUCUGGACCAUUCAUUCGUCAGUACUAAUUUUUGUGUGAUACAGGCGAGCUGGUUUGCUCUUGUUAUUUUCGCUUUCUACCCCUGUCAUCGUUAUUACACGAGGAUGUCUUCAUCGAAUACCAGUUCGAUAGAAGUGAUACAACCCAUCUUUGUCGACGCAUAAAGUCAUGUUUUAUUUUGAAGCAGAUGCGACGAGACGCAAUUAGGAAGCUUGAAGCAUACGUCUUGCUGGAGUACCACGUACCGCAAUAUUACAAUUUUAGCUUUUCAAGAAGAUAAAACAAACUAUGUGGCUAGGAUCAGUGGGGUUUUACAGUUGUUAUUAGCUAGCUGCCUUGCUAGUUCGCCACAUCUAGCAGGUGGGCCAUCUAAAUAAGUGAAGCUCUCUGAAAGGUGGUAAACGAAAUCUCUCAUCAAUCUUGUCUGGCCAUUGAAACCACUACCAUUUUUGGCACACAAAAAAAUACCCAGAUGAUAAAUACUAUUAUUUUUGUGUAACAAUGGUUGUGUUUUGAGGGACCGUGUGUGUCGAACCUAGAGGAAGAAAACGACACGCUUCAUUCGAUGGUCGCCCCUGUCAUCCGCAUAGCUGCCUCGGUCGCCCAGGUUGGAUCUAGAUUCUAACAAUUUUCAGACAUUUGCUUUAUCUUAAAAAAAAAAAAAUCCUUUCCACGGCUGGUGUAUCGACUCGGUCGAACCAGGGUUGAAGAUGGCGGACCUCGAAGCAGUUCUCGCCGAUGUCAGCUAUUUGAUGGCGAUGGAGAAGAGCAAAUCUACUCCAGCGGCCCGAGCGAGCAAGAAAAUCAUACUGCCUGAAUCCAGUAUUCGCAGUGUGAUGCAGAAGUACCUGGAGGAAAGAGAUGAGCUGACGUUUGACAAAAUCUUCAACCAGAAGAUUGGGUUUCUGCUGUUCAAGGAUUUUUGUUUGAAUGAAAUAGAUGAGGCCGUACCACAGCUGAAGUUCUACGAAGAAAUUAAGGACUAUGAGAAGUUGGACUCUGAAGAGGAGAGGUUGUGUCGUAGCAGACAGAUCUAUGAUGGAUACAUGAAGGAACUCCUCUCCUGUUCACAUGCCUUCUCUAAGAAAGCAGUGGACCAUGUUCAGACUCACCGCAAGAAACAGGUGCCUCCCUCUCUCUUCCAGCCGUACAUAGUGGAGAUCUGUGACAGUCUGCGAGGGAUGAUCUUCUGCAAGUUCAUAGAGAGUGACAAGUUCACUCGUUUCUGUCAGUGGAAGAAUGUGGAGCUGAACAUCCAUUUGACGAUGAAUGACUUCAGUGUCCAUCGUAUCAUUGGUCGAGGGGGUUUCGGGGAGGUGUAUGGCUGCAGGAAGGCUGACACCGGCAAGAUGUAUGCCAUGAAGUGUUUGGAUAAGAAAAGGAUCAAGAUGAAGCAGGGGGAGACUCUGGCUCUGAACGAGAGAAUCAUGUUGUCCCUCGUCAGCACAGGGGACUGUCCGUUCAUAGUGUGUAUGACGUACGCCUUCCACACACCAGACAAACUCUGUUUCAUUCUGGAUCUGAUGAACGGUAAGACUCCUGAAAGGUGGCAGGUCUCGCCUGGUUCAACCUGCAGAAUGGGACAGGACAUCACUGAUGACUCUCUGUCCCUCUUUGCUGACGUGCAACUGACAGUCUCUGAUUUAUUGGUUGUUUCCUACGUUGUGAUUGAUGUCAAUAACCUCUUCCUGUAUGCCCCCCUUCUAUCUCUCUCUCAGCCUGCUAACAUCCUAUUGGAUGAGCAUGGUCAUGUGCGUAUCUCAGACCUGGGUCUGGCCUGUGACUUCUCAAAGAAGAAACCUCACGCCAGCGUUGGUACCCAUGGAUACAUGGCCCCAGAGGUGCUUCAGAAGGGGACGGCGUACGACAGCAGUGCUGACUGGUUCUCCCUGGGCUGCAUGCUCUUCAAACUGCUCAGAGGGCACAGUCCCUUCAGACAGCACAAGACCAAAGACAAACAUGAGAUUGACCGGAUGACGCUCACUAUGAACGUGGAGUUGCCAGACUCGUUCUCUGUGGAGCUGAAGGGUCUAUUGGAGGGUCUGCUGCAGAGAGAUGUGGUGAAAAGACUGGGCUGCCUGGGACGAGGGGCCCCAGAGGUGAAGGAGCAUCUGUUCUUCAAAGGCAUUGACUGGCAGCAAGUGUAUCUCCAGAAGUAUUCUCCCCCUCUCAUCCCUCCUAGAGGAGAGGUAAAUGCAGCAGAUGCUUUUGACAUUGGUUCCUUUGAUGAGGAGGACACCAAGGGCAUCAAGUUGUUGGACAGUGACCAGGAGUUGUAUAAGAACUUCCCCCUGGUCAUCUCAGAACGCUGGCAGCAGGAGGUGGCUGAGACGGUGUACGAGGCGGUCAACUCCGACACGGACAAGAACGAGGCCCGCAAGAGGGCCAAGAACAAACAGCUGCGCCACGAGGAGGACUAUGCCCUGGGGAAGGACUGUAUAAUGCACGGCUACAUGUUGAAGCUGGGGAACCCGUUCCUGACGCAGUGGCAGCGCAGAUACUUCUACCUGUUCCCCAACCGAGUGGAGUGGAGGGGAGAGGGGGAGUCACGCGAAAACCUGCUGACGAUGGAGCAGAUUGUGACGGUGCGAGGAGACCACAGAUUAAAGUAAAGAAGUGCCAUCCUGCUGCGCAUCAAAGGAGGGAAGCAGUUUGUCUUCAGUAGUGACCCAGAGUUUGUCCAGUGGAAGAAGGAGCUGACCGAGGCGUUUCACUGA